UGACGUAGGUGACGGUUACUCGCGGCCGGUGACGUGACAAGACGAGCCCCGAAGCUGCUAGCGCUGGUUAGCACGUCUGUCGACUACCGACGCGGUUUCCCCUCGAAAUCACCGACACAGUGACGCCGAAAAUGGACAACAGCGGGAAAGAAAAGGAAGCGAUGGCUCUCAUCGCCGAGGCUGAAAAGAAAAUGAAGUCGUCGACGUCGUUCUUCGGAGCGCUGUUUGGGGGUUCCUCCAAGACGGAAGAGGCCUGUGACAUGUAUGUGAGGGCAGCCAACAUGUACAAAAUGGCCAAAAACUGGUGUGCUGCGGGGAACGCGUUCUCCCAAGCCGCUCGCCUUCACCUUCAGAUGCAGAGCAAACACGAUGCGGCGACUAACUUCAUAGAUGCUGGAAAUGCUUUCAAAAAAGCCGAUCCACAAGAGGCCAUAAACUGCCUAAACCGAGCUAUUGAGAUUUACACCGAUAUGGGACGCUUCACCAUCGCAGCGAAACACCACAUCAGCAUUGCUGAAAUAUAUGAGACAGAGCUGGUGGACAUCGACAAGGCAAUUGCUCAUUAUGAACAGGCAGCAGAUUAUUACAAAGGUGAAGAAUCCACCAGUUCAGCAAAUAAGUGCCUUCUGAAAGUAGCAACCUAUGCAGCUCAGCUGGAGCAGUAUCCAAAGGCGAUUGAGAUCUAUGAACAGGUUGGAACCCAUGCAAUGGACAGUACGCUCCUGAAAUACAGUGCCAAAGAUCACUUCUUCAAGGCAGCGCUGUGUCACUUCUGUGUAGACAUGCUGAAUGCAAAACUUGCUGUGCAGAAGUACGAAGAAAUGUUUCCGGCCUUUUCAGACUCUCGAGAAUGCAAGCUGGUGAAGAAACUUCUAGAUGCGUGUGAAGAACAGAACGUGGAUGCCUAUACCGACUCGGUGAAGGAGUUUGACACCAUUUCACGGUUGGACCAGUGGCUCACUACCAUGCUUCUCCGCAUCAAGAAAACCAUACAGGACGAGGAGAGCGACCUUCGCUGACUUCCUUUCCCGCUUCCCCUCAUCAAGCCCUCAACAACCGACUUGCAUCCUUCUUUUUGCCUUGAGCCUCUCACUUCCAUAGAAGCAAUCUUAACCUUUUUGACCAUUAGACCUUAUAUUCCUGCACAGAUACUGUGUUUUCUUUCCUACCAUCUGCAGUAUUGUUUCUUGCCUUUUUUAAUCUGCUCCUCUCCAAAAAUAAUUAUGGUCUUUAUAGGUAUGAACACUAUUUUCCUGAGUGCACACUGCACAUAGUAUGUUAGUUGUAUAUUGUUAUGAUACAGGUAUUGGUCCAGUAUUAGUUGAAAUAUUCAUAAAGGGCCCCAAUACCAAAUAUUCAUACCAGCACACUUAUAUAUACAAAGGUUUUAUUUUUCUUCUUAUAAAAUGGAUGAGAGGACGCCAAUUUACUAACAUCUAUAAAAUCUAUUUUCCAGGAUGUGCUUCAAAUAAACGUAAACUGACCAAAAUGUCAGUACAGACCGAAGCACUCGCGUAGAUUUUUGGUACUUUUGAGUGCUCGAGUAUACUGUCGGUCACAUCAGGGCACCUCUAAUUAAACAGCACAUCAUCUCAGCUGCGGAGCUCCUCUCCAAGCAGAGAGGCCAAGAGUUUCUGAGGUUUUUCAACGGCAAAAUACCCCCUCUGCCUUACACUGCGAAGUUCUCAGGAUGUGAACUGCUACAUUUGAUGGGGAUAAAAAAAAAAAAAAAAAAAAUCAUACUUUUAGAAGCAUUAUCAAAUUAAUUUGCUAAUUGUUUUUGUCAUUUCCAUUUAAAGUGCUUUUAUUCCACAAUAAGAAGGUGAAAGAAGCCCAUCACCUUUAUAAACAAUUGCAUGGUUUAAGGAUGAGAAAACUAGAGCAGCAGUUUUCCACUGUAUAGGAGUUAUUUCUCAACUGUUUUUUUUUUUUUUUUUUUUGGUGAUUGUCAGAUUUUUGUUGUUUUUCUGUCAUAAAUAACCAGGCUGGAGAAAAAAAAGUGCAUUUUUAAAAAAAAGAAUAAAAUAAAUAACGCCUGCAGGAGAUGCAAUACAUGGAAGAAAAAAAAAGGAGCUUUAUUGAUCUAAACACUGUGCUCAUGUACCCUCCUAAUAAUGUCUUAAAGAAUUUGUAUAUCAUUGAUGUUUCCUGUCAAACAUUUGAAUAAACCUGUCUCAGACGCACAGCA